AUGGCCUCUUAUCCCUCCGGCUUCCGACUGGCGCAGGCUAUUGGCAUCUCCGGCGCCGCUUGGCUGUCAGGAAACAUUGCCGCCCUUAGCAUGAACGUCACACCUGCACUACUGCGUUCCCGCCGCGAAGACAACGUCCACCCAGCAACCCUCGCCAAGCAAUGGAGGAAUAUGUUUGAGAAUGGAAAGAAUCAAAAUCCACCCAUUGCAGCCGCUGUCGCAGCCUCGUUCUUCUAUCUGGCCUGGUCUGUGCGAUCCGGUGCCCCCUUGUUCAAACAGACGGCAUAUAGUCGCUCUGGACUUUUUUCGGUGGCUGCUGUCUUGACGCUCGGCAUCGUACCUUAUACGAUUCUUACGAUGAAAAGUACCAAUGAUGCGUUGUUGGAAAAGGCCAAGUCUGCUCCUGAGAUCUCUGAUACGGAGACGUCGAGGUUAAUUGAGAAGUGGACCACUCUUAAUGCUGUUCGAGGAUAUUUACCUCUUGCGGCGGCGGCGGUUGGGUUGGUAGCUUCAUUUGUGUAA